UGCUGGCUCUAAUGCCCCCUCUCAACUCCACCCCGGAUUUUGGGGAAUGGAGGAGCUGCCCCAGUACCGCCUCCCCCUCCAAAGCCAGCCUGCUGUCUGGCCCUGAGUUAAGGUUCUCCUGAGGCUACGCCUGCAGCCAAUCCUGGAGCUCCAAGGAAAAGAAGAGGGGGAGGGGAGGCCUGGUGGGGGCUCAAUGCAGCUCCAGCUCCUGAAGCUCUCCCCGGAGCCCCCAGCCCCAGCACUAGGAAGCUAAACCUGGUCCCUGACCAUCCACCACUGAGGCAGAGGCAGUAGGAAGGAGCCAUGGUUUUCUCUCCUCCCCCUCCCUGCCGCCGCCGCCGCUGCUGAGCCAGGCCUGGUCUGCCGCAGGUUGUCGUGGCAACGGGAGGCGGAGAGGAGAUGCGCCCAGGGAUGGAGGUGUAUGUCACCGAAGAAGCAGCCGCUGUGUUCCUGCCCCGUGCCCUAGGUCCUUGAAGGCCCUCCACCCGCUCUGCAGCCAGGAGAACCACCGAGGGAUGAGGACGCUACAGCUGGCUGGGACGAAGCCCUUUCAGCUUUCACCACCCCGAGUGCUCAGCGCCGCGGAGCGGGGCAGGGCCUGAGCCCGCCCGUCCUCUCGUGCCCGCUUCGAGUGACCCGUCCAGCCAGCGCCCUGCUGCAUGGAACGCCUGCAGAAGCAACCACUCACCUCCCCAGGGAGCGUGAGCUCCUCGCGAGGCUCCAAUGAUCCGGGCUCUCCCUCCAGCAUCGUGGCCAAGAUGGACAAUCAGGUACUGGGCUACAAAGACCUGGCUGCCAUCCCUAAAGACAAGGCCAUUUUGGACAUCGAGCGGCCUGACCUCAUGAUCUAUGAGCCCCACUUCACCUACUCCCUCCUGGAACAUGUGGAUCUGCCCAGAAGCCGUGAGCGUUCUCUGUCACCCAAAUCCACAUCCCCACCACCAUCCCCAGAGGCUUCAGCCCCCAGGACCACGGGAACCCCUCGGACCAGCCUGCCUCAUUUCCAUCACCCUGAGACCUCCCGCCCGGAUUCUAACAUCUACAAGAAGCCUCCCAUCUAUAAGCAGCGAGAGUCCAUGGGUGGCAGCCCCCAGAGCAAGCACCUCAUUGAGGACCUCAUCAUCGAAUCGUCCAAGUUCCCUGCGGCCCAGCCCCCAGACCCCAACCAGCCGGCUAAGAUCGAAACUGACUACUGGCCAUGCCCCCCAUCACUGGCCGUUGUGGAGACUGAAUGGAGGAAGCGGAAGGCAUCUCGGAAAGGGGCAGAGGAGGAAGAGGAGGAGGAAGAUGAUGACUCUGGAGAGGAGAUGAAGGCUCUGAGGGAGCGUCAGAAAGAGGAACUGAGUAAGGUGACAUCCAACUUGGGAAAGAUGAUCUUGAAAGAAGAGAUGGAAAAGUCCUUGCCGAUCCGGAGGAAAACCCGUUCGUUGCCCGACCGGACUCCCUUCCAUACUUCCUUGCACCCUGGCACAUCUAAGUCAUCCUCUCUCCCUGCGUAUGGCCGAACCACCCUGAGCCGGCUACAGUCCACAGACUUCAGCCCCUCGUCCGGGAGUGAGAGCGGAAGCCCAGGUCUGCAGAACGGAGAGGGCCAGAGGGGGAGGAUGGACCGGGGGAACUCCCUGCCCUGUGUGCUGGAGCGGAAGAUCUAUCCCUAUGAGAUGCUGGUGGUGACCAACAAGGGGCGGACCAAGUUGCCUCCUGGUGUGGAUCGCAUGCGGCUGGAGAGACAUCUCUCAGCGGAGGACUUUUCCAGAGUAUUCGCCAUGUCUCCUCAAGAGUUUGGCAAGCUGGCUCUGUGGAAGCGGAAUGAACUCAAGAAAAAGGCCUCUCUCUUCUGACUGGCCCGAGCAGCCCUGCCCCUGCUUCUUCCGGACUCUGGGCAGAGCUGGGGUCCUGAGAUCCCAAAGUGCCCUCUUCUCCUGGCGGGCGCGGGCAAUUGUCUCUUGGGGGAGUAGGGCGGUGGGCUAGGGCUGGAAUUGGCUCUAUUCCCCAGGUAGAAGGGAGGCCAAGACCUCUGCAUUUGGGCCGGGAAGCGGGGACGGACCUACUUCCCUGCUUUUGCCACCCUCUCUUCUCACUGCACAGGGCAGCCCAGCCUGGACUCUAGCACACAGAGACUUAAUGCUUGUGCCCUCUCCCUACCUCUCACCCCACAGGAAGGUUCCCAGAGGAGGGUGAGGGGAAACCGAAGUGGGGGGCUCACUAAUCAGCACCCUGUCAGCUGUUGUGAACCAGGAGUGGGUAUGGCCCUGCUGUAAGGUGACCAGAUUUUAACAUUGGUAAAGCGGGACACCAUUGAUAAAACUCAUAUCCUGGCGAAAUAGCCACA